AAAAAAGCCAGAACCUGCCAAGCAGUUAAAAGAGCUACGCAUUCCCUUCUCCAUCGCGGAGGUUGGUGGCGUCGUCUCCGUGCGCCUUCGUUCCUCUCCGAUUUCUUCAUCUCGUUUUCCCUUGCAAAACCCUAGCUUGUGGUGAAUAUUUUGCGCUUUCAAAGCCUGAUCAGCAGUGAAUGAAUAAUUACCAUGAGUAUAGAGCAAUGUGGUUAUGACUGGCUCCCUUUACUCUGGUGUUUGAAAUUUCACUUUAAUUGGAGGAUCAUCUAAAAAAUUGAAAGCUGUACCUUUCUGGAAGUGCUUUUCAGUUUGCUACUUAGUGUGGUUGGAUAUUUAAAUUAUUGGACAUACUUUCUUGCACUAUGCCCGCUAUACAAAGGCUAUAUGAAGCCUGCAAGGUGUCAUUUUCUCCCAGUGGUCCAGUGUCAGCUGAAGCUCUUGAAAAUGUUUGUGCUAUGUUAGAUAAGAUAAGGCCUUCUGAUGUGGGUCUUGAACAUGAGGCACAAUUAGCCCGAGGAUGGAAAGGAUCCAUAAAUGGUGCAAAUGGGAAAAAGGGGCGUAAUGGAAGUAGCCAAUAUUUGCCUCCUAUCAAGUAUCUGCAUCUACACGAAUGUGAAAGCUUUUCUAUAGGAAUAUUUUGCAUGCCACCUUCUUCUGUUAUACCACUUCAUAAUCACCCUGGAAUGACCGUACUGAGCAAGCUUUUAUAUGGUUCGUUGCAUGUAAAGUCUUAUGACUGGAUUGAUAUAGAUAGACCUUUUGAUCCUUCUGAAGCCCGGCCAGCGAAACUUGUUCGAGAUGGGGAUAUGUCAGCACCAAGCGGGUCAACCGUUCUUUAUCCUACCAGCGGUGGCAAUAUCCAUUGUUUCAAAGCCAUAACUCCUUGUGCACUCUUUGAUAUUCUGUCUCCACCAUAUUCAUCAGAGGACGGACGACAUUGUUCGUAUUUCCGGAAGAUCUCCAAGAAGGACCCGCCUGCUGACAUUGUUGAAGCUGUUCUAUCGAAUGGAAUAAAGGAGUCUGAACUGGCAUGGUUGGAAGAGUAUCAGCCCCCAGAUAGCUUUGUUAUCAGAAGAGGUCUGUACAAAGGCCGCGCCAUAAUUAUUUGAUUGUUAUAGUUUGAUGCAACAUGCUAUUAAUUAGAUCGGCUCUUGUCACCGGGAAGUUAGAAGUGUUGUUUAGCUACUGGAUGUGGUGGUAUGAGUCGUCGACACUUGAUAAAACAAUAAUGUUCACAGCAAGCAGUUUGCAUUUGGUUGUACAUAGAUUUAUUAAAUUCCAGUUAAAUGGCAUGUAUUUGGCUAAAUUCCACAUAAGAGUAGUGCUUGAGUUUCCAUAUUCUAUACAAAUUUUUGGACUUCCAAAAUCACAAUAGGUUUGGUCUUCUCUUGGUGCUGGAUGCACAUUCUCUUCAUUGUGAAUAUUUGUAAGGUUUCAAACAUUUGCAUUAAAUGUUUUGAUUUUUCUUUUGUAACAA